AUGGCCACUACCGUCGUCCGCGGCUUUCAAACUCCGAGUGGCUCGGGAGACGAAGAGUCCGAGUAUGGCGGCGGCACGCCUCGAUUGAUCGCUGCCGACAAGUCCUCGCCUCCUAUCUUACGGGGUCGACGCUCUCGAAAUCCGGUCAUUGAUGAUGUGGUCAGCGUGAACUGCAGCCCCGUCUUACGCCCUGCGCCACAGUCCCCUGCCGUCAGCGGAAUUUCCCUCCUGCGAUCGCAGAUCGAUUCGCUGCACCUCGACAGUACGAGCUCCUCCCGCGCGAGUUCAGUCACGCGCUGUAACAGCCUCUCUCCCCUGGCUCGUCCUGUUCGGGCUCGUGGCGCGCUGAAUGGAGUCGGCACCCGUCCACAGAGCAGCUACGGCAGCGAGGGUAGUGGCGAUGAGGGCGCCUCGGACGUUUCGACGCGUUAUGAGAUUACUUUGGACAACGACUUUGUCAGUGCGAGCGCCCCGGGCCUUGGCGCCGCUCUGGGAGAGGACGUCUUCGAGGACGAGAUGGAGGGGGUGCCUGCCAACCCGCCUCGCAAGAUGACAACCGAAGAUUUCGAGCCCCUUCGAUGCCUGGGCAAGGGCACUUACGGAACCGUCAUCCUGGUCAAGCAACGCACUACUGGCCGGCUGUACGCCCAGAAGCAGUUCAAGAAAGCGUCGCUGGUCGUGCACAAGAAGCUCAUCGAGCAGACCAAGAACGAGCGCCACAUCCUCGAGUCCGUCAACCGGCACCCUUUCGUGGUCAAGCUCUACUACGCCUUCCAGGACAAGGAGAAGCUGUACCUCAUUCUCGAGUACGGCCAGGGUGGCGAGCUAUUUCACCAUCUCAAGGCCGAGCGCAUGUUCUCCGAGACGCGGGCGGCCUUCUAUCUAGCAGAGAUGGUCCUCGCUCUUUCACACCUGCACGACGACCUGGGCGUCGUCUACCGCGAUCUGAAGCCCGAGAACAUCCUCCUGGAUGCCGAAGGCCACGUGCUCCUCACAGACUUUGGACUGUCCAAGGUCGCCGCCGACGACGCCACGUGCAGCUCAAUCCUGGGCACGGUGGAGUACAUGGCUCCAGAAGUCAUCAAGGGCGAGAAGUACGGCAAGGCGGUGGACUGGUGGUCGCUGGGCGCACUUGCUUACGACAUGAUGGUGGGAGACGCUCCUUUCCGUGGUGGGAACCACCACAAGGUGCAGCAGAACAUUCUCAAGCAGAAGUUGGCUCUGCCCUACUUCCUCAGUAAUGACGCCAAGGACCUCGUCACACGCCUGCUGAAGAAGGACCCCAAGAAGCGCCUGGGAAGCCACAUGCCCAAGGAUCUAGCAAUCAUCAAGGGCCACCGCUUUUUCAGGCAUAUCGACUGGAAGAAGCUCGCCGCGCGCGAGGUCGAGCCGCCUAUCCAGCCCAUGAUCACUGAUCCCGAACUGGCCGAGAACUUCUCGGAGGAGUUCACGGGGCUCAGCCUGAGCCCACGCAACUCGUUCGCAGAGCCAUUCAGCCCUGCGAGCGCGCGUAUGGAUGACAAUCCUUUUGGUGGCUUCAGCUUUGUGGCGAGCCACAGCCUGUUGAACUCGAACGGUUUCGCAUUUGCGCAGGGUGCGUAA